CGAACUGUCACUACUACCACUUGCGGCGGCAUCGUGCGCUUUCUUCGCAGUUUUUUCGGGAGAAUAGCGCAAAAAAUAGAAAUAAAAUUUGUUUGCUCGCCAUUUCACAGGCUUCUGGAUUGUUGUUUACAUUUGGUUAGAGCUACUUUUGGUAAAGCUGUUCCUCAGACAUCAUCAAGCUGGCUAUGAUACCGCGGAACAAGAUUUUCGUGGGCAGCCUUCCGCCGUCAACGAAACCGGAGGAAAUCCGGCGCCUGUUCGAGAACUAUGGCGUAGUAACGGAGUGCGACGUGAUGAACCGGUGCGCUUUCGUUCACAUGCAGAGUCCCGAUAUGGCGGAAAACGCAAUCCAAGCACUUCACAAUUCCAACUUUAAAGGAGUAACAAUCAACGUGGAGCACGGCAGGUCCAAGGAGCGAUCCAAUCAGUCUGGCGGCAGUGGUGAAGGAAGAGGUCGUGGUUCCGGCAGAGGUGGAUCGAGGGGCGGUCAGCAAGGAGGUGAUGGGUUCCGCGAUCAAAAUAGAUCAAAUUAUAAUGACGGUGGGGAUCGUAGCGGAGGGCCGAUGAGAAAGAAUUCCAAUCGUGGCAAUUUCCGUAGUCAGCCAUACCAAGGAGGUCCGAGCCGCGGUAAUGAUUUUGACAGGCAAAACCAAAGCGGGGGCAGUUCUCGAGGUGGAUUCAAUCGUGGCGGUGGCCGUGGCAAUGAUUUUAACGAUCGGAAUAGCGGUGGACGAGGUGGUUUCAACGGAGGUGGAAGUAGAUUCUCGGGUGGACAGCAGUUUAACAGCGAGGAUCGCCGAGGCUUCGCACUUCCUAAUGAUGGGGCCGGCGGUGGUCAUUUCGGCGGCAGGGGAGCUGGCCAUGUGUCACUGGCAAUCAGCGCUCAGAAUGAUCCAUUUACACGCAGAAGUGCGGUGGACAGCGGUGGAAUGCAGUCUGGAUACUCUAACCGAGGCGGAUUCAGCCAGGGUAAUGGAACAGGAAACUACCAAGCAUCUAACUAUAACCAGGCUUUUCCACCGCUAGGCAGUGAACCAGGACGUACGAAUCGUGGACCGCCGCCGUCGCAGUCAAAGCCUUGGAUGCAAUAAUUUUAGUGUGCAGUUACGGGUCUUUUCUACGGGUGUUAUCUGCGGCAAGGAUCUUUUUUUUUAAGAUGACAACAUACGCUGACAUUCGCGCGUGUUUGUAAACUUUGUAUAAACAAAUAACCAACGUUGAAUUCGAAACAGUUAGUAUAGCGGACAGAAUGCUGUACUGUUACACGAAACCAAGCCCACUGAAUACUAUUAUUAUUACCAUUAUUAGUAUUAAUCGAGCAACUCACUUUAUUUCCCUCCAUCGAACCCGUUCCUUCUUUACUUUUCUCAUCCGGUGCAGUGCACCUAUACCAACUGUGAAUCUCUCUCACAAUAGAACUGGAGUUAUAAUUUGACGUAGAUUCACUUUGAUGUCAACAUAUUCCAGAGAAAUCAUUUUUUAAACGAAUAAUAAGAAAAAUCAUCAGACUUACAACGUGCCGAAUUUAAAUCGUCUGUAGUUUUAUUGAGAUAUCUAAUUUCUCAAGACACGAGUUCGAUUUAUUUUACUGUAUUGGGUGUUCUUGGUUUUGAAUCAGUGAGAAGAUGGUUUGCCCUAUUCCAGUCAAGAGUUCGACCAUAUGACUGUUGUAGGAGCGGUAGACUGAGCAAAACUUUUGUGUGAUGCUAGAGCUCGGGCUUCUUUUCCUAGAUCAC